AUGGAUGCUGCUACGCAAGCAAAGGCCGUCGAGACCUUGACGGCCAAGCUACAGACGCUCGGCAUCAACGAGGUGCCUGCCGAACCAAACACAUACCCUGCGCUCAACCCCUUCGAUCUAUACCGUUCGCACGUCGCUGGACUGCUCUCGAAAUCCACAGGCAUCGACUCCAAGAUCGUAUACCCCGCGCUCCAGAGGACUGUCAAGACUGAGCAUGGCGAUCUGCAAAUGGCCGCGGCGGCCCUCCGUCAGAAGCGCAAGGACAUGAAAGAAUUCGCGAAGGAGAUCGCAGACGGCUUUCCGGAAUCUCCAUUGAUCGAGAAAGUCGUCGUCAUGGAUGCGCUUGUGAUGUUUUGGUUCAAGUCUCAGCCAUUGACCAGCCUCGUGGUUCCCGCUGUGCUCAAAUCUGGCGCGUCGUACGGCUUCAACAACUUCCAGGGUCUCCGCGACCCAUCCGAUCCCUCCAAAGGCCGAAAAAAGAUGAUCGUCGAGUUCAGUUCGCCAAACAUUGCGAAGCCGUUCCACGCAGGCCAUCUCCGAAGCACAAUCAUUGGUGGUUUCCUCGCGAACUUAUACGAUGCUGCCGGCUGGGACGUCACGAGGAUGAACUACUUGGGUGACUGGGGCAAGCAAUACGGCGUUUUGGCAAUAGGAUUCGACCUGUACGGAUCAGAGGAGGAGCUCGUCAAGAACCCCAUUGGUCACCUUUACGACGUGUACGUCAAGAUAUCAGCAGUCUCAAAGGAAGAGGGAGACAAGAUGAAGGACUUGAAGCAGAAGAUUGACGAGCUGAAGAAGGAGGACAAGGAUGCGUCUGAACUCGAGAAGGAGCUCCAGCAAAUCGCUGACAAUGGCGUGGACGAGAAGGCGAGGCAAUACUUCAAGAGGAUGACCGAAGGAGAACCUGUCGCUCUGGGCAUCUGGAGACGAUUUAGGGACCUUUCCAUCGAAAAGUACAAGAAGACAUAUGCCCGACUCAACAUCCGCUAUGACGACUACAGCGGUGAAUCGCAAGUCAAGGACGAGAGCAUGGACCACGCAGCGAAAGUCAUGGAGGAGAAGAAGGUCAGCGAGAACAGUGAAGGCGCUAUUAUUGUCGACUUGACCAAGUACUCGAAGAAGCUGGGCAAGGCGGUUGUGAGGAAGAAGGACGGUACCUCUCUAUACCUUACUCGUGAUAUCGCGGCGGUGUCAGAGCGAUUCGAGAAGUACAAGUUCGACAAGAUGAUCUACGUGGUGGCCAGUCAGCAGGAUCUGCAUUUGGCUCAGCUUUUCAAGAUUCUGGAGGCUAUGGGCUACAAAGAGCUGGCCGCUGCUUGCUCGCACGUAAACUUCGGAAUGGUGCUUGGCAUGUCGACUAGGCGAGGAACUGCAAAGUUCCUGGAUGACAUUCUUGAAACCGUUGCCGAGAAGAUGCACGAUGUCAUGAGGACGAAUCAAGCCAAAUACGAACAGGUCGCGGAGCCCGAGAAGACGGCAGACGUCCUGGGUAUUUCCGCCGUCAUGGUUCAAGACAUGAAGGGCAAGCGUAUCAACAACUACAACUUCGAUAUGGACAGGAUGACCAGUUUCGAAGGCGACACCGGUCCCUACUUACAGUACGCACACGCUCGUCUCUGCAGCAUUACCCGAAAGGUCACUGCUGCCGUUCCAGAAGUCACAGACAUCGACCUCGCCACCGCAGCGGAUCUCACGCUCAUCACCGAGUCUCAAGGCAUAGAUCUGGUGCGCCAACUAGCCGCCUGGCCCGAUAUCUUCAUCAACACGCUCAAGACUCAGGAGCCUACUACCGUGCUGACGUACCUCUUCAAGCUGACGCACGCCCUAUCGUCGUCUUACGACCACCUCCAGAUUGUCGGAUCCGAGAGGGAAACCAUGCUUGCUCGUUUGGCGCUGUACACCGCAGCCCGCCAGACGCUCAACAACGGCAUGCGCAUCCUUGGCUUGAGCCCCGUCGAGCGCAUGUAG